AUGUUUGCCCAGCUCUUGUCAUUCGUUUUAUUGCUGCCUUCACUCGUUACUGCUCAAGCACCUACACCCGCCUUCCCCGACCGCAACAACCCUCCCCGUUUUUCCAACGUCACUCUCCCCCAACCAACGGGCCCUCCACCUAUCGGCAAAUGCAAGAAUGUCCAAGCACGAAACGUCCGCGGCGAUCAAGAAAAAGCUGAAGCUAUCAAGGAUGCUUUCCGAUAUGGCUAUAAUGCGUACGUAAAGUAUGCUUUUGGGUAUGAUGAAUUGAUGCCCUUGAGUGCGAAUGGGACGAACGAUUAUUAUGGCUGGGGUUUGACUAUCAUUGAUUCGAUUGAUACGGCCAUCAUCAUGGGCUUGGAAGAUGUGGUGAAGCAGAUGUUGGAUUUCAUUUCCAAGGUGGAUUUCUCUCUACCGAAGACUGACGAGCCGGUGCAGGUUUUUGGUACGUAUACCACUACAUGAGGAACAGAAUGAGUUGUGGCGCUGAUGUAUCACGCAGAGACGAAUAUCCGCUACCUCGGAGGUCUCAUCUCAGCCUAUGAUCUCCUUAAAAGUGGUCAAUUUCCAGGCAGCUAUGACACCCAACAGAUCGAAGUGCUCCUCAAACAGGCCACCAUCCUCAUCGACAAACUAGCCUACGGCUUCAACACUCCCACCGGUCUUCCUGCUGUUUAUGUCAACUUCACUACCAACACCCCGGUUCCGGAUACUUAUGUUGACCCUGUCACAAAUCAGACUUAUAAUUCCACCGAUUCGGCUUCUAGCGGGUCAUACCUGCUUGAAUUCUGGAGGAUGUCGGAUCUGACGGGCAACGCGACCUACCGCCGACUCGCGGAACGGGCGAAUUCGUACCUUAUCCAUCCGGACCCGAAACCCGUCUACCCGGGCCUCAUCGGAACACAAUUCGACAUCGACACGGGGAAAAUGCUCACGUUCGACGGAGGUUGGGCAGCCGGUGUGGAUUCCUUCCUGGAAUACCUCAUCAAAAGCGUGCAGUAUAACCCGCAGAGCAACACGACGCAAGCGUAUCGAGCUUUCUGGCUCACGGCCGUCCAGAGCACCAUGAAUCACAUCGCCCUCCACCCUUACGGCUUCCCGCAUCUGACCUUCCUCUCGCGUCUCACGACCAACGGCACCGUCGAGCAACUCAUGGACGACUUCUCCUGCUUCGCCGGCGGCAACUUCCUCCUCGGCGGCGCCCUGCUGGACCUCCCCCGCAUUUCCGCCCUCGGAAUCGACGUCACGCACGGCUGUCAUCAGACGUACAACACCACGGCCACCGGCCUCGGCCCCCUGGCUUGGGGCUGGUUCAACGAAGCCGACCAGGCUUACAUUCGAUAUUAUGAAAACGACGCCGCGAAGAGGAAGAGCGCGCAGCGCAGGGGGUUCUAUACCCCUCCGCGGCUGGAAAACUGGUUCAGUCGGCCGGAACCUGUCGAGAGUCUCUGGUAUGCGCAUCGCAUCACGGGGGAGGCGCGGUGGGCGGCGUAUGCGUGGGAGGUUUUCCAGGCGGUGGAGGCGACUGCUAAGACGGAGAUUGCGUUUGCCGCGGUGAAUGAUGUGGAUAUUCGGGAUGGGGGGAGUAUGAGUAAUAAUCUCGAUUCGUGAGUUAACAAAUCAAUCGACACGGGAAAGGAUGUCGGGCAUGCUGAUUGUUGAAUAGGUUCUUCUUCGCCGAAGUUCUCAAGUAUCUGUACCUGACCUUCACGGAGCCGGACGUUGUCGAUCUAAGCGAGUGGGUUUUCAAUACCGAAGCGCACCCUUUCCGGGCGCUUUGCGCUGCCGGGUCGUCUUGA